UAUGACUAGUUUACUUUUUACUACAGAGUAUUUCAGUUUAUAAAUUGUAACAUAUGGCUAAGAUAAAAAUACCUCGAAGCUUUAAACUUCUCGAGGAGCUAGAAGAUGGAGAAAAAGGUGGUGAUGGAACACUAAGUUGGGGUUUACAAAAGGAAGAUGACAUGUUCAUGACAGAAUGGACUGGUACAAUUAUGGGACCUCAUGGGUCGCCAUAUGAAGGUCGAUUUUAUACAGUGCACAUCCAUUGUGGGCCAAACUACCCAUAUGAACCACCUAAAGUCAAAUUUGUAUCGAAGCUUAAUGCACCAUGGGUCGAUUCGAACGGACAUAUUUGUGAAAGUUCAUUUGAUUGUUUAUCGAGAUGGCAACCUGCUUAUACUAUAAAAUCUGUAUUGUCAGAGCUGAAGGUUAAGAUGUCACUGAAAGAGUGUAGCCGUCUUAAACAACCACCAGAAGGAUUGGAAUUCUAAAUUAUCUACAUAUACAAUGUAAGAAAAAAACUUGUCUAACUGAAAAUAUGCUGUUUUUAAAGUUCAAUGUAAUAGAAUACACUGGUGAAAAUACCUUAGUUGAUGCCACAUUAAAAAAUUAAGAAGUGGUAUGUAUGAAAUAAUUUAAUCAUGUGGAUGAUACAUUACUGCAUUAGUAGAAGUGUUUUCGUGGACUUUGUAUAAUGUUCUUAAAUAGAAAUUAUAUCAGCGGUCUUCAAUCUAUUCCAUAUGAGCACAUUAUUAAACUUUCAGUGGCACAGUGUGUAAAUAAAAAUAUCGAAUUUGAAUAGCUGAAAAGUCACUUUGUCCAAUUUAUUUCAGAAUGCAUUUUUUGGUAGUUUUGAUCGUGCAAAUGGCAAAAUCGUGUAUGGGUUUUGCAAAGUUACGUAGAUAAAAUUGCGUUCAAAUACCUUUCACCAUGUUUGGCAGAAAAUGAAUCAAUCAAUUUCAAAUGAAAGAAUUUUAUGCAUAAAUCAGCUGUUCUAAGUUUGUUAUUUCAAUAACUUGUCCACAAAACAAUUGAAUGUGCAGGUAUAAAAAUACAGCCAAUACGCCCUUCAGUUCCAUUAAGUUUUAGAUAGUCAAUGCAAGUUACCAACAUCUAUUAGAGCCAAUACAGUAAUUGAUUUUCAACUGGUGAAUAUAUUACUUAUGUAUCAUUCUGAAAUUUUGCUCAACUUGAGAGAAACCUUUGAAAUAGACGGAGAAUAUUGCCUUGUAGAGGAAAUAACUUCCUUUACGACUGAUGAGCACAAAUUUAGUAAUGUUGAGUGGGUGCAUGCUUCAUUAGCAUUUUACUGCAGCCAUUUAGACAAUUCAAUUAUUUUGUAGUCCAGAUAGUCUUAUCUGUUCUGCAUGAGGGUAUAUCUUGCUAUUAUUGAUACAUGCCACUUGCUAUUUUCUGUGUAGUUUGUCUUUUUUAUUGUAGUUGUUGUAUUUUGAAAUUAAAAGGCAAAGCAGUUGAACAUUGAUUGCCCCACAUCUUUUAAGAGACAGUUACCGGUAUGAGGUACUGGACAUUCAAAUAUCCUAUGUGUAUUGCCAUUUGCCAGUAUACGAUUUUGUAGAAAAUUGAUGAAUUGCCCCAUUGCAUAUACGGUAUUCAAAGUGGAAGUUAGGUUGGGUUGGACUGGAUUAUAAUAUCAAUUGUUCAGGGGAUCUGCAAGACUUGUAUAUUUUUAGGAAGAAGCCAUCAAAAUUUGUAUGCCAAGUCCUCGUAAGUAAAAGAAUACUUGUCAUGUGAGAUAAGCCAAGUUGCAUUUUGAAUAUUUUUGUUGGUUUCCUUGUGUAUUAAAACAAUGCAUUGUAAUAGUCACCUUUUAUUUGCCAUAUUUUGGAACUCAAGCUUGUAUAAAAUUAUUGUAGUUUAACAUAGAUAGCAAAAUUUAAUACCAGUAAAUAAGCAAGUGAAAAACUGACUGGACCUUCUAUCUGUUUAUUAAUUUUGAGUAGGUAUUUUCAUUUAACAUUGCUUUACUGUAUUUGUCAUUGUUAUUCAG